AUGACAAUUAAGCAGAAAGUUCUAUUCUUGGAGCUACCCAAGAAACAAUACAUGAGACAAUUCGAGUCCAAAUUCGAAUGCAUUCAAUACAACAUUUCAACUUUGGAACAAUGCAUCCUCGAUUUCCAAACGAAGUUCCACGAUGUAGAAGCGAUAUAUUGCGGAUGGGCCGGCUUUGCCCCCAUUGGCGGUUUCAAAGGCAAGCUUCUCACGUAUGCGCCACGAAACUUGAAAAUCGUAACUACGUGCACGAUUGGAAUCGACCAUUUCGACGUUGACGGAGUGCGGGCUCGCGGCAUCGUCCUAAGUAACGUCCCUUCGGAGAUUGCCUCUGAGGCAGUAGCUGAUCUCGUGCUUUAUAACGCCAUUGCCAGUUUCCGCAAUUUGAAAAUAUACGAGCUGAACUUUGGCGGCCGGUAUUAUUCGCAUACUACAACUUGGCGAGCGUCGCUUCUGCGGGCCCAGUUUGACCAGUCGCAUGGUAGAGCUGUCGUCGCACCGGUUCACGGUAAUUGGUUCACCGAGUCCUGCUGUGGCCGGGAUAACGUGUCGCCUCGAGACCGACACGCGGUGAUUGUCGGCUUUGGCAACAUUGGACGCAUGAUUGGCAAGAGGCUUGCGUGCAUUGGGAUGAAGGUGCACUACGUCAAGAGAAGCAAGCUUUUGGACCUGGAGGAAGCGAAAUUAGGCUACAAAGUGGAGUAUCAUGCGUCGUUGGAGCAAACUGCAAGUUUCGCGGACUUGGUUGUCAUUGCUUGUCCCGGCACACCCUCGACGCAGCACAUGAUCAACGAGAAGUUGAUCGAUAAAAUGGAGCAGCCAUUUAGAAUCAUCAACAUUGGCCGUGGAUCUAUCGUGGACGAAGAUGCCUUGGUGCAAGGGUUGGAGCGCGGGAAAGUCCUCUUUGCGGGCCUAGAUGUGUUUGAACAGGAACCCCUUGUCCACCCUGGCUUGCACAACCGCCAGGACGUGGUCUUGACGCCGCACAUAGGGUCGUCGGUGGUUGAGAAUGACAGACACACGGCCAUUACCUGUUUGACCAAUAUCGAACACGUCAUGUGCCUGUAUGAAAACAGGAGGCAAUGA